CUCAGCAUAUAAGAGGGGCCCUAAUCCGCGCUUGGCCCUAACAGCAAGUCUAGCAUAAAAGUCAACACAUCUGCUAGAGAAAGCAGCGCUGCACUCUCGCCUACUCGUCUGGCUGUCCUUCACCCAAGCAGCCGCUAUCAUCACGACGACUACACUCCAGAGAGGCAUCUGUAAAGCCAAAACACCUGCACGCGGCAUCGUAACUGCUCAAAAUGAAUCUUGACGCACCAAAACCUGAGAUUAAGUCGGCCACCCGUGUCACGGGAGGCCCUGCCACCCCACGCAAGGGACCACCCAAGUUCAAGCAGAGGCAGACUCGUCAGUUCAAGAGCAAGCCUCCAAAGAAGGGAAUCCAGGGCUUUGGUGAUGAUAUACCCGGUAUGGAGGGCUUAGGCACAGACAUCACUGUCAUUUGCCCUUGGGAGGCCUUCAAUCACCUGGAGCUGCACGAGCUGGCCCAGUACGGCAUCAUCUGAGCCUUCCUGCAUCUUCCAGCAAUCCUUUGUGGAUUCUAGGCCACUUCCAUGCACUGCAAACCAUCUGCCUCAGGCCCGACCCCCUAGCUAUAAAUGGAAAUCUUCCAAACAAACUACAACGAAGAACUGUAACAAACACAAAAAAUGGAAAAAGAAAAAAAGUCAGCAAAAAAAAAAAAAUCAAAACAAAACUAUCUAUCUGUCCUCUUUGACCGGACUCUUCUUUUGAUUCUGCAGCCAGUUUCACACAUGACAUCUGCUCACGUUUAGGAUCUGUUGAUUUGAUUCUCUGACAUCUUCAUUAGAUCUGCACUGUUAUUAAGAACAACUCGCGAUGUUUUCCCUGUCUAUCCUCUCUUUAUCUGUGCGCUUUUCUUCUGUCCUCUUUUUUUUUCUAUUCUUCUUCUCUUGGACAAAACAUGAAACUUACGCAAGCAAGGCAGCCUCAAAUUGAGUAUAAGUGGAAAAACCCGUGAAAUGGGUGGGUUCCCAUUUCACGUGCUUUGGCGUCUCUUUUACCAUCAUAGAGGUUUGUCCAUCAAAGCCAAACAUACAAAAUAUAAAGCCUGACUUCUGUAGAGAUUGGACAGCAGUGAGCCAUUGCUGAGCGUAAUCUUUCAGUGGGAUAAUGUCAGCCAACCUUCAUCCCGUGCAUUUCUUUUCCCUCAGAUUCAACUCAUCUUUUACUGUUAGUCUACAUGCACCCAUCCUCACAAGGGUACAUAUAUUUUUAAUACUCAAUCUUCUUCAUCCUAUUAUCUAAAACUUUCCUAAAUUUUAAAUUUUACUUUUUCAAUUCGACGUAUCAGUUUUGCACAGUUCCAUAUCCAUGCACAGCAUCAUUGUGUUUGCAUGUGUUACCAUUAGUUCAAGAUCUCCAUUCAUACAUCUCCCUUGUGUCAUAUUCAUGUACACGGAAAUAUGUAUUUUAUGUUUGCAUGUUUUACUUUUUCUCUCAUACUUUCACACCACAAUGUUGUGCCCUGUGUGUUCUACUUUAUAUUUGUAUUUCAAGCUCAUGCUAUCUUGUAGAGUAGGAAAUGUGUUGUGUCACAUGUAACGUUUUUCCUCAUUGUCCUUUCUUAUAUCCAUCCAUCGCUCAUUGUUACAUCUUGGUUUCAUCUCCAUUGUCAUCGUCAUCAUCAGUCAUUCAUCCGUCCUCCUUUUCAUUUUACACCAGUAGAAUAUCUCCUUGUCAAACUUACACUGAUCAGUCGUACACAUUGUAUGAGAUCUAUGCAUGAUUUGCAUUCACCUUUGCACCUAGCUUUAUCUGUCACGUAAGAGUUUCAUUUAUUUCAGCUAAACAUGUUUAGAUCAAGAGGAUGUCGGCCACGCAUCUUUGCCCUAAUGAUGUGCAGCUGAUGAUGACACAAUUUGUGGAUUGUAUUUCCUCUGAAUGCACUCUGACAGUGAAGGAUGGUAGAAAGGGUCCAGUGGGAAUGAAUGUUUCAGCACAUACCCGAAUCUUAAUGUGCAAUGGGGCUUUGUCCUCUCUACAGGAUGAGGGAAAAAAAAAUAAAACAUAAAAAAAGGAAAA